AUGAAGUUCUCGCUCACUAUGACCACCAUCCUCUUUUGUGCCACCGCAUCAUUCGCUUUGCCCGGAGCCGCUGAGCAAAACGAUAUUGCAGUGGAUAGCGCCGAGGGAAUUGAUCCCCCUGACAUCGAGGUUGUCGACAUUGAGUACAACGCUGACGACUUUGAUGAGUUGGUCACUCGAGGAACAAUCCGCUGCUCCAACCAAGGGAGGAUCAAGCGCUUCAAGAAGGAGUACGACGGCAAGUGCAGUCCCUCAAACAGCAGGGGCUUCUUGAGUGCCCAUAAUUGCAAGAACAAGGACGGCAAAUCGUACCUCUGUGUUCAGAACCGACGAGCCACCUGCUACUCCACCAAUAUGCAGUCUCAUACGCUCUCUGACGCCUCGCCUCUGCCUCGGCACAUGUUUUGGUCUUUCAUCAACACGCACGAGUUCGAUGAGAUACCAAAUUACCCCGGCGCUGUUCGCCAGUACAUUUCCAACCACGCCGUAACUGCUCACCAGAAGACCGAACCAGGCAAAGCCACACAAUCAAUCUUCUUUUGUGUCUACCAGCGAGAACGAUAUGGUCCCCAGAACGGAUACCGGUUCUGCGUGGUACAUGAGGGCUAUUACGUCGGACCUGCAGAGAAAAUGGAUGGCGAUCCGGAGGAUGACAUUGAUAAGCUCGAGAAGGACAUUCCACAGGGGCACGAGGAGAUGGUGGUGCUAGGAGAACCUAGAUUAUUUGCUGAUCCUGGAAAAGAGUCGGAA